UCCGUCCGCCUCUGUCACAACAAGGGCGGCGAGGAAGGAGCCAUGGGGCAUGCCCGGGCUCCAUGAACAUCCCUCCUAGGCGGUCUUCCUCUUGGGCAUGACCCAGCGCCAGAGCAUCCCUGCUCCGCGGCGGUCCCUGCGGCUGUGCGACAUGACCCAGCUGCUGCGUGCCGCAGCCGGGCGAGGGAAGUGGACCAGAUCCAGCGCGGCCAAGAGUGCUGCGUGCCUGGUGGCUGCGGCAUAUGGGCUGAAAAUCCUCUACCCCGUCCUCCGCAAGCGCCUGCAGCAGACAGCCUGCGAAAAGGGCUUGCAUGCUGCCUGCCGGGCUGGAGGGGGCGAGGAGCCGCUGCAUUGCAGCCGGAUCCGGGGCAGAGCCUCCCCGGCAGUGAAUGCGGAUUUUUUCAGGCAGCUGCUGGAACUUCGUAAGAUCCUCUUCCCGAAGCUGGUGAGCGCCGAAUCGGGCUGGCUUUGCCUCCACUCGGUGGCUCUGGUCUCCCGGACCUUCCUCUCCAUCUACGUGGCCGGGCUGGAUGGGAAGAUCGUCAAGAGCAUCGUGGAGAAGAAGCCCAGGAGCUUUGCCAUCAAAUUAAUUAAGUGGCUCAUGAUUGCAAUCCCUGCCACUUUUGUGAACAGCGCCAUACGGUACCUGGAGUGCAAGCUGGCCCUAGCCUUCCGUACCCGCCUGGUGGAUCAUGCCUAUGAGACCUAUUUUGCCAAUCAAACUUACUACAAGGUGAUCAAUAUGGAUGGGAGGCUAGCGAACCCCGACCAGUCCCUGACGGAGGACAUCAUGAUGUUCUCCCAGUCGGUGGCACACCUGUACUCCAACCUGACCAAGCCCAUCCUGGAUGUGGUGCUGACAUCCUACAGUCUUAUCCAGACUGCCAGGUCCAGGGGAGCAAGCCCCAUCGGGCCUACGCUGCUGGCAGGCCUAGUGGUGUAUGCCACGGCGAGAGUACUGAAAGCGUGCUCGCCCAAAUUUGGCAAACUGGUCGCAGAGGAAGCUCAUAGAAAGGGUUAUCUGCGAUUCGUCCAUUCGCGGAUUAUAGCCAAUGUGGAAGAGAUCGCCUUCUACAGAGGACACAAGGUGGAAAUGAAACAACUACAGAAGAGUUACAAGGCUUUGGCAGACCAAAUGAACCUCAUAUUGUCCAAACGUUUAUGGUACAUCAUGAUAGAGCAGUUCCUGAUGAAGUAUGUCUGGAGUAGCUGUGGUUUGAUUAUGGUGGCUGUACCUAUCAUCACAGCAACAGGAUUUGCAGAUGGCGAAUUAGAAGAUGGCCAUAAACAAGCAAUGGUUAGUGAGCGAACAGAAGCCUUUACUACUUCACGAAAUCUGUUGGCCUCUGGAGCAGAUGCCAUUGAAAGGAUUAUGUCUUCUUACAAAGAGGUCACUGAGUUAGCAGGCUAUACAGCUCGAGUGUACAACAUGUUUUCAGUCUUUGAUGAAGUGAAGAGGGGCAUUUACAAAAGAACUGCUGUUGUUCAAGAGAUUGAAACCAACAGCAAGAAUGAAGAUAAAGCAGAACUACACAUUGAUGGCCCUUUGGAAAUCAAGGGAAAAGUUAUUGAUGUUGAUCAUGGAAUUGUUUGUGAAAAUGUUCCUAUUAUUACCCCAAAUGGAGAUGUGGUGGUUUCCAGACUAAACUUCAAAGUACAGGAAGGAAUGCAUCUUUUAAUCACUGGCCCCAAUGGUUGUGGAAAGAGUUCUCUUUUCAGAAUUUUAAGUGGUCUGUGGCCAGUCUAUGAUGGUGUUCUCUACAAACCGCCUCCCCAGCACAUGUUCUAUAUCCCACAAAGGCCCUACAUGUCCAUUGGAACACUACGUGAUCAAGUCAUUUAUCCAGACUCAGUGGAUGACAUGCAUGAAAAAGGAUACCAAGACCAGGAUCUGGAAUGUAUCCUGCACAUUGUUCAUCUGUAUCACAUAGUUCAAAGAGAAGGAGGCUGGGAUGCUGUGAUGGACUGGAAAGAUGUCUUAUCAGGAGGAGAAAAGCAGAGGAUGGGCAUGGCUCGCAUGUUUUAUCAUAAACCAAAAUACGCAUUGUUGGAUGAAUGUACAAGUGCUGUAAGCAUUGAUGUUGAAGGAAAGAUAUUCCAAGCUGCAAAAGGUUCUGGGAUAUCCUUGCUUUCUAUUACACACAGACCUUCUCUUUGGAAGUACCAUACUCACUUGUUGCAGUUUGAUGGAGAAGGAGGCUGGCGUUUUGAACAAUUGGACACUGCUAUCCGUUUAUCACUCAGUGAGGAAAAACAAAGACUAGAAUCCCAGCUUGCAGGAAUUCCUGAAAUGCAGCAGAGACUGAAUGAACUUUGCAAAAUUUUGGGAGAAGAUUCAGUGCUUAAAACAAUGGAUAAAGAGGAAUAAAUAUCUUAAUUUAUGUUUGAUAUUUUUAAUUUUUUUUUUUUAGUUAAAAGCUUUAUGAAUUUAACGACACUUGUUUGCAUGCCUUGUGGUAGGUUUAGAGCAUAGAGAAACGUAGUCAGCAAAAAUAGUGCUUUAUAAGAUUUUAGCAUUUUGGCAUUAAGGAAGAAAGUAGUUUGAACCCUGAAAAGUAGAUCAGCAAAUACACUGUGUACAAGAUUAGUCAUGAGAGCUUACAGUAAUUCCUAGUGAAAGCCCAAUUCACUGCACAAAGUUACCGGCAGAUAGAUUUGCUUGGUGAAUUCUUGCUUGGGAGUUGAAGGGCAGAAUGUGCUCUCAUGCCAGAUUGCCAUGUGCAUAUGAUAUGCCUGCUAAACCAAGCAAAUCUGGCAUGUAACUCAGGCGUGGAGCAACGCAAGGCAGGCUUUGGGUGAGUAUGCACAUGCAUGCAAAAAUCUAAUUUGGGUACAAGGAAAUACUUUUCUGUCCAUGUAAAACUGAUCUGUUCCUCAGCUGAGCCAUAUGCAUGUUGUUAGCUGCAUUUCCUUAGAAAAUAACAACAUGACAGGCAGCCCAGAAGAUAACUGUCAUAACAGCCAUCCAACUGUCCUUUCAACCAAUUAACAUGGAUUUAACAAGACAGAUAAUACACAUGUAGAGUACGGAGUGCCACAAUGCAUAAUUUAAGAAGCCUUUUUUCCUCAGGACAUGUACAUUAAUUCCUAGUAACCUUUCAAAGGUUUAUGUAUGCCCAUUAUACAGUAUACUUUGGUAGGCAAGGCAUUGGAUCCUGAGUCAGGAGACUCGGGUUCUGUUCCUGGCUCUGCCACUGACCUGCUGUGACCUCGAGCAAGUCACUACCCCUCUCUGCCUCAGUUUCCCUAUCUGUAAAAAGAGGAUAAUAAUACUCACUCACCGGUGUAAAAGGCA